AUGUCUCAGUUGCAACUGAAACGACUGCUCUUGUCACUGUCCUCCAGCGCGUUUGAAGUAGCUAACGCCGCGCACGACACGUUCAGCGAUGCGUUACUCCUUCUACUGGAGGUCGUCCUUCACUUCCUAGGGAAGCUCUCUUCCGUCACGUGCCGCUUUCAGUCGGAUUCCUCUCCAGUCCCGGAUUCCUCCUCCUGGGCCCAGUCCGGAUUCGGAUUCCUCUCCUGGGCCUCCACCGGAUUCCUCCUCCAGGGCCUCCAGUCAGGAUUCUCCAGGGAUUCCUCUCCUGGGCAGUCGGAUUCCUCCCCGGUCCUCCAGUCCGGAUUCCUCCUCCUGGCCUCCAGUCCGGGUUCUCCUCCUGGGCCUCCGGAGUCGGGUUCCCCUCCCUCCAGUCGGAUUCCUCCAGUCCGGAUUCCUCUCCUGGGCCUGUCGCCUCCAUCCGGGUCCUCCUCCUGGGCUCCAUUCGGAUUCCUCCUCCUGGGCCUCCAGUCGGUUCUCCUCUGCCUGGGCUCCAGUUCGGAUUCCUCCUCCGGGCCUCCAUUCCUCCCUCCUGGGCUCCAUCCGGAUUCCUCCUCUGGGCCUUCCAGUCGGAUUCCUCCUUCUGGCCUCCAGUCAGGAUUCUCCUCUGGCCUCCAGUUCGGGUCCUCCCCAGGGCUCCAGUCAGAUUCCUCCUCUUGGGCCUCAGUAAGAUUCCUAUCCUGGGCCUCCAGUCGGGUUCCUCUCCUGGCCUUCAUUUCGAUUCCUCCUCCGGAUUCCUCCAGUCCAGAUUCCUCCCCGGUCCUCCAGUCAGAAUUUCCUCCAGUCCGAUUCCCUCCUGGGCUCCAGUUCGGAUCUCCUCUGGGCCUCCAGUUCGGGAUUCCAUCCUGGGCCUUCCGGAUUUCCUCCUCCUGGGCCUCCAGAGUCCUCGGAGUCCUCCGCCUCCAGGGCCUCCAGCUUCGGGUUUCCUCCUCCUGGGCCUCCAGUCAGGAUUCCUCCUCCGGGCUCCAGUUCCGGAUUCCUCCUCCUGGGCCUCCAGUUCCGGAUUCCCUCCUGGGCCUUGUCCAUUCCUCCUGUGGGCCUCAUUCCGGUCCGGAUUCCUCUCCUGGGCCUCCCUCGGAUUCCCUCCUGGGCCUCCAGUCAGGAUUUCCUCGGAUUCUGGCCUCCAUCCGGAUCCUCUCCUGGCUCCGGUCCCAGUUCCGGGUUCCUCUCCUGGGCCUCCAGUCCUCGGAUUCGGAUUCCUCUCCUGGCUCCUGGGCUCCAGUCCGGUUCCCUCCUGGGCAUCCAGUUCCGGAUUUCCUCCUCCUGCCUCCAGUCCGGAUUCGGCCUCCAGUCAGGUUCCUCUCCAGUCAGGAUUCCUCCUCUGGGCUCCAGUCCGGAUUCCUCCUCCUGGCCUCCAGUCGGAUUCCUCUCCUCCUGGGCUUCCAGUUCGGAUUCUCUCUUGGCUCCGUCGGAUUCCUCUCCCGGGCCUCCAGUCCGGAUUCCUCCUCCUGGGCUCCUCCAGUCAGGAUUCCUCCUCCUCCUCCAGUCCGGAUUCCUCCUCCUGGCCUCCAGUUCGGUUCUCCUCCUGGCCUCCAGUCGGAUUCCUCUCCUGGCCUCCAGUUCGGAUCCUCCCCUGGGCCUCCAGUCCGGAUUCUCGUCCUGGGCCUCCAGUCGGAUUCCUCUCCGGGCUCCAGUCCGGAUUCCCCCUUCCUGGGCUCCAUUCCGGAUUUGCCUCCUCCUGGGCCUCCAGCUUCGGGUCUCCUCCUGGCUUCUCGGAUCUGGGCCUCCAGAGGCCUCUCCUGGGCUCCAGUUAUCCGGUUCGCUUCCUCCUGGGCCUCCAUCGGAUUCUCCGUCGGGCCUCCAGUCGCGGAUUCUCCUCCUGGGCUCCAGUCCGGAUUCCCUCCUCCUGGGCCUCCAAGUCGGAUUCCUCCCCCCGGCUCCUCCAGGGAUUUCUCUCCUUCCAGUCCUCCUCCUCGGGGCCUCCAGUCAAAAAGGAUCGGGCCUCCAGUCCUUCCUCCUGGGCCUCCAGUCCGGAUUCCUCCUCCUGGGCCUCCAUCCGAUUCCUCCUCCUGGUUCGGUCCAGUCCGGAUUUCCUCCAGGAUUCCUCCUCGUGGGCCUUCCAUUUCCUCCUCUGGGCCUCUGGACCAGUUCGGAUUCCUCCUCCUGGGCCGCCAGGAUUCCUCCCCCGGAUUCCUCCAGUCCGGAUUCCUUCCCGUGGCCUCCCAGUCGGGUUCCUCCUCUGGGCCUCCUCCAGUCCCUCCUUCCUGGCCCUCAAUCGGAUUCCUCCUGCGGCCUGGAUUCCUUCCUCUCUGGGCCUCCAGUACAGAUUCCUCCUCCUGGGCCUCCAGUCCGGGUUCCUCCUCCUGGGCUCCCAGUUCGGAUUCCUCUCUGGCGGCCUCCAGUCCAUUUCCUCCCUGGUCGCAGUCAGGAUUCCUCCUCUGGGCCUCCAGGUCCGGAUUCCUUCUCCUGGGCUCCCAGUCCGGUUCGGCAUUCCUCCUCCUGGCCUCCAGUCGGAAUUCCUCCUCCUUGGCCUCCAUCCGGAUUCCUCCCUCCAGUGGGCCUCCAGGGCCUCCAGUUUCGGGUUCCUCCUCCAGGCCUCCAGUUAUUCCUCCUCCUUGGCUCCAGUACAGAUUCCUCCUGGCCUGGGGCCUCCAGUCCGGUUCCUCCUCCUGGGCCUCCAGUUCGGCAUUCCCUCCUGGCCUACCAGUCCAGAUUCUCCCCGGUCUCGCAUCCGGAUUCCUCCUCCUGGGCCUCCAUUCCGGAUCCUCCUCUGGGCCUCCAGUCCGAUUCCUCCUCCUGGGCCCAUUCCGGAUUCCUCUCCUGGGCCUCCAGUCCGGGAUUCCUCCUCCUGGGCUCCAGUUCCGGAUUCCUCCAGCCCCGACCCGGUCCACCUCCUGGGCCGGGUCCUUCUCGGCUUCGUCGACCAUCUCAGGCUCCUCAGAGCGUGCCGAUAUCACGACGAUGGUAUUGAUGUCACAGAGGGUCACAGUAGCUGUAGUGCACUAA